UGAAAUCAAUAGAAGCUGGCUUCGCUGCAGCCUAUCUACCUAGCUGCUGCUGCUGCUUCUGAUCGAUCGAUUAUAACAUUCAUUUUUGCAGGGCAGAUCUCUCUUUUCUUUCUUUGUGAUUUAUUUAUGAUCAGAUCAGAUCUGUUCAAAAGCUAAUCCAUAAAAAAAAAGCUAAUUCAUUGAGCAGCGUCAAGAAAUUAAACAGAGAAGACCGGUCACAUCAUCAAGAAGAGAAGAGAUGACGGGAGUUAGUGCAGGCCGCCACCGCUGUGACACCAAUGGGAGGGGAAGAGGUGGCAGUCCGCCUCCGGAGAAGAGGCCGCUGCCGGCGGCGGCAUUGAUCACCCCCCGACCCCUUGUGCAAAAGGUUCAAAUUGUGUAUUACCUCUCCAGAAACGGCCUCCUCGACCACCCUCACUUCAUGGAAGUCGCUCUUCUUCCCACUCGCCACCUUCGCUUGAAAGAUGUAAUGGACCGGCUUACAGUCUUAAGAGGCAAGGGCAUGCUUUCACUCUACUCCUGGUCGUGCAAAAGGAGCUACAAGAAUGGGUAUGUGUGGAACGACUUAGCUGAGAACGACGUUAUCUACCCAUGUGAAGGUGCAGAGUACAUACUCAAAGGCUCUGAACUUUUUCACCCUUCCUCCGAAAAAUCACAAGUCAACAAUGCCCCACCGUUUGACCUUGUUACAAGUGCCCACCCAGUCAAACAAGCAGACUUUUCGCCUAAACGCAGGCCGCCGGCUUCUAAACGACAUCCCGAGCCGGAAGAGGUGGUUCACAAACACAGUGAACAAGAGGAAGACGAUUACCAAGAGAAAAUCAGUAUAACUUCUACGUGCUCUAAGGCUCACAUUGAUAAGAGCGGUGUUUCAGACCGGUUUGAGUUGGCCCGGGGUGACUCGUCUCCUCCCUCCACCGCUUCUUCUCUGUCCGAGAAGUGCAACGACGGGAGCAACACCACGUCCCAGAGGUACGAAGACGGCGAUCCGGUGGUGGCAGACUCGUUACUCAGCCGGAACUCUGUUCUCUUCCAACUCAUCUCUUGCGGUGGCUCCGCUUCUUUCAGAGCGAAGAGUUUGACACCCUUUGCGAAGCAGUCACCGGCCAUCUCGGCGGCUGCGGUGGGGAGGAAGAGCUGCAGCGGCGGUGCUCUUAAGAAAGAGGCGCUGAUUCGUGCGGCGGCUGCAAACUCCAUCGACGAUGAGGAAGAAAUUAUCAUCAAAUACAUGUCGGAGAACCCGAGGUUCGGGAACAUGCAGUCCCAGGAAAAGGAGUACUUCAGUGGGAGUAUCUUGGACUCCAUUGCGGCGGAGGAGAAAUCUCAGAUCCCUCCCAGUCUCCAGAAAUCUAAUUCCUAUAAUGAAGAAAGGAAGUGCAGGGCAGGGCUAGAAGAAGUAGGUGCGGAGACGGAGGUAAAGCAAAAGGCUGGGAAGGCUGGGAAUUGUAUUCCCAUAAAAAAGUCUUCAUCUAAACAAUCCUCCAAAAAGUGACCAUGUUUUGUCAGACAUGCCCGCCCUUGGGUCUAUGAUGAUGCGACCGAACACGGAAUUUGGCUGUAAUCCUUUGUCUUCUUCAAUAGCUUUCUACUACGGAGUUUAGGGUCAUUAGCUACUGACCACCUGCCACGCAUCAAACUAACUUCCUUUUCCUUUAUUCAUGCUGCAACUCUAAAUUUUCUUAACAAAAGAAAACGUUAGGGUUUCUGAAAUUAGUAGAAGAGUUUAAUUCAGGGACGUAAAUUAGUCUUAAAUCACAUUUUACUUGUUAGUGUCAGCGCCGAUCUAGACAUUGUUGUGCCUUAAUGAAAUGAGCAAUUCUUCUUGAUUAUACACCUUUUUACCGUAUACACAUUUC